AUUUGAAUAAUAUCUCUGUCAGAGGAAAUGCCUGGAACUCCGAUGAAACAGGACAACAACGUAUUAGGGAAACGAACGAACGAACGAUCGCAAGACGAACGGAAGUGCGAGUCCGUUGUGUGGGAGAUAACGCAAACCGAUCGGUUAAAUAAGAAGCUGCUUGUUUCGGUAUUGGAACGGAUGAAGAAGUCAGACGGGCAAUUCGACAAGUUUAUGGAAGAAGGGAGAGGAAAUUGCAAAUCGCAAGACGAUAGAGAUUUCUAGGACAACUGAUUUUCUGAACGCCAAGUAAACUCGACCUAUUUUUUAGAUGAAUCUGCCUAAACAGUAUUCAAAUUUGAUUAAAAAAUAUUUCAUAUCAUCAUGGCAAAUGUUUCGGAUCGUGAGGAUGAUGAUAUAAAACAUUAUGAGAAUCAAGAAUUUGGAGAACAUGACAAUUAUGAAGAAAUAGAUGAAGCAGCUUCCGACAACGAGGCAAGAAUUGCACAAAGAAUAGAUUUGUCAAAAACUAAGACACACAUAAGAAAUCCUGUUCUCAAACUUAAUACUGAAAGAUUGAAAGGCUCCAAAGGUAUUCAAACCAUUGAAAAAUAUUUUGAAGGAUUUAAGUUUUAUGGUAAAGGACACGAAAGAAUGGAUCUUGACAGAAUUAUGAAGAGAUUAGAACAUUGGUCCUAUCGAUUAUUCCCUAAGUAUCAUUUUGAUGAUUUUCUCAUGAAAGUUGAGCAACUAGGAAUGAAGAAAGAUUUGCAGGUGUUCAUUAAGAAAUAUAGACUAGAUAUGAUUACCUUUGACAGUUUGGUCAUGCAUGAUAAUAUGGAUGAAGAUAAGGAAGAUCAGCAAGAGAACAUGCCUCUCGAUGAUUUGGAUUUGCUAAUAAUGGAACAAAUUCAAAAACAAAAACAAGCUGAAACGCGAGCUUCUGUCACUACUGUAAGCACUUCAUAUGAAGAUGCAUUUGAUGAGCUCUUAAUGCAGUCCACUGAUAUACAGAAUUCUCAAAUACAGCAUACAAAUAUUACUACUGUUACUGUUACUGCUACUGCUGCUAAUGCUAUUGCUGCUAAUGCUACUAUUAUUGCUACUACUACCACUAAUGAAUUAAGCAGUGAAAUGAAACAAAAAAUUGAGAGAAAUAAACAAUUGGCUAUUCAAAGAAGAUUCCAAAGGCAGAAAGAACGUGAAGAACCUAAAAGACUAAAAUUUACUGAUAAUGCCAACAAACAGAAACUAAAUGAAAGCGUUAAUCUUACAAUUGAUAAUAAAAUAGAUGAAUCUCACUCAGAUAGAUAAUAUAGACAUAAAUUAAAAAAAAUAUGAAUGAAACAAUCGCUAAUGAAUCAGAAAAACUAUUAAAUAAAGAGUCAGCAAUAGGUGAUACCUGAAAGUAAUUUUUACAAUAAUGUAUCAAGUUUGUUUAUAAAAGAAUAAAAUAUAUAGAAACAUCUAUUAUACAUCUAUUAUAUCAAA